AGAUAAUCUUAAUAAAUACGUUUUAUAACCAAAAUUUAAUGUAAAUAUCAAAAUAAUUGCCAAAUCUGUCUGUUGAGACAUCAAUAUCGUCAUUUGUCACAUCGUCAGUAUUGGUCAAAUCAUCACAGUGACAGGUCGUGUCCAGCCAUGCUUAGAUAUAUAACAUUAGUCUUGCUGAGCAUCGGAGUAUUUUGUCAAAGAGAGCCAAAGAAACAGGCGAACGAUGGUACGAUAAAUUUAGAUCCAGUCAACUACCAAGAUAACGACUCGGAGGAAGAUUCAGUUGUUGAUUGGGUAAACAAGAUCAUAUCUGAAUCAAAGAUAAACGUAACGAACAGAGAAGUAACAAAUCUAAAUCCGGAAAGCGUUACGAAUAUAAAUUGCACCGCGACUGACAACAGACCUGGGACUUGUGUGUUGUACUAUCAAUGCGACGAAGACACUAACACUAUUAUAGAUGACGGAGCGUCUAUAGUUAAUUUUAGAACCGAGGCGUCCUGUCCUCAUUAUCUCAAGGUCUGCUGUGCGAUGGAUAAAAUUAAAUCAGACGAUAAAGCUAACACUAUCCGGAGAGGAAGUAAUAACGAGUCUGCCCAGGAGUUGGAUUCCAAGGGCGACUCCGACAGCAGCAGUGCUGUAGUUGACUUGGGGAAGUGUGGUUGGAACAAUCCAGCGCUUUAUGUGUUUCAACCCAAAAGAAACAAUUCCGAGGCAGAGCCGUUCUACGCAAAUUAUGGGGAAUUCCCCUGGAUGAUCGCCGUCAUCAGGAGGUCCAAUGAUACGGAUCUGUGGGCAAGAAAAAAUUACGUCGGAGGUGGAACUCUCAUUCAUCCGAGGGUAGUUGUCACUGCGGCCCACAUAGUUCGGAAUAAAAAGCCCGAUGACCUGAAAUGUCGCGCUGGUGAAUGGGACACUGAAGUGACCUUCGAGAUAUUUCCACACCAAGAGAGGAAUGUGAAGAAAAUUAUCAUCCACCCAGAUUACUACAGGCCAUCUCUGUACAACGACAUGGGACUCCUGCUGUUAGAGGAACCGUUUGAACUGCUCCUCGCUCCACACAUAGGUCUGGCUUGCGUUGGGAACAGCCUCCCGGCUCCCGGCACCGUCUGCUAUGGAAUGGGCUGGGGCAGGAAAAUCGACAAGAAGUACGCAAUUAUUCUUAAAAAAAUGCGGCUUCCGUUAGUGGGAAGAGAGGAGUGCCAGGCCCUCCUGCGGAGUAUACGUUUGGGGCCAUUUUUCCAACUGCACGAGUCCCUGACGUGUGCUGGCGGGGAAGAUCGCAUGGACAUGUGCAAAGGAGACGGCGGGUCCUCAUUAGUAUGCCCUAUUCAGACCAAUGGUAGAAAUGUCAAAUACGCCAUGUUCGGGAUGGUGGCGUACGGCCUGGGAUGUCACUCGAGGAAAGUGCCCGGCGUGUUCGUCAAUGUGCCAAACCUGAAGUCGUGGCUGGACAGCACCAUGGAGGCCGAAGGCUAUUCUAAAGACACAUACACUUACUAAUUUAAUAUAAACAUUUAGAAAAUUAA